UCUUCAAUUCCCAACUACUUCACAAAUUUUCACUCUCUUCUCUUCACCGCCACCGCACCGGAGAUCCCAUUCAGUCACAGAAACUUCAAAAUCAAGGAGAAGAAAUGGUUUGCUUUUGCUUUUUGGUGGAUCAAACUCGUCAAGUGAGGCGGAGCAAACCGGCGGCCGGACUUUGUUCUAGAUGUGGAGGCGGAGCAAGCGUCGCGGAUAUGAAGACGGCCACCAGGUUCUGCCAUGUUCCGUUCUACUGGAAAUCGUGGAGAGCUGUUAUGUGUACUUUCUGUGGCGCCAUUCUUAAAUCUUACCACUGAUUAGAAGUAUUAGAGAGAUUUGCGGAAUUCAAUUACACAUUGACAUCGAAGCCUCCUGAUCUGAUUUUCGGAAUUCUAUGAAAUUGAUUUGUUGAUUGAUUUAGCUCUAGUGUUGAUUUCAACAUUAAUUCUAAAUAUAUUUUUGGCUCAGUUGAAAGUCGAAACUGUGGAGAUCUGUUUGUGUUGGCUCUAUAUCCUUUAUUGAUUGAUCUACUAUUAUAUCUCAUCUCUGGUUUGAUUUCAAA